UACCCAUAGCAUAGUGGUAUGAUCUGAAAGCAUUGACCUUUGAAGGUUGAAGAAACAUGGCUUCCGCUACCGCGAGAAAUCUUCAGCUCUUUGUUGGAAGAGUCGCAUGGACCGUCGGACAAAAGGAACUGAAGGAAUACUUUACACAAUUUGGGUCCGUGAAGAAAGUUAGAUUACCAUGGAAUAAAGACACUGGCUUCCACAAGAAUUAUGCUAUUGUACAGUACCGGACAGAAGAAGGCAUGAACAAUGCCUUGGGGAGGGAUACACACCUUCUGGAGGGAAGCAAGAUGGUGGUGCAAAGGAAAGAGGUGAACGCGAAUAACUCGGAUCAGUUCAGAAGAGGGAUGGCCAACCAAAACUCCAUGCAGUAGAAAGGAAGCCUGCAUCAACUUAGUUAGAACUCUUCAUGUCAGAUAAUACAACAUGUAACAGAAUUUCCUGUAGUUACUGUUAUGCCCAACAGGGAUGUACUACUAGUAUAUGUUAACUGAAAUAAACAAGUGGAGUAUGGUUUUGCCAGUACCAAUGUUUAUUAUAUGUUGUUAGGGGUUAAUUGUAAUGGUACCAGGGUAUGAUAGGUAUUAAGAACAGGUAUCUCAAUAGACUACACCAAAUUUGGCUCGGAAAUUGGGGCAACUUUGUGACGUACGGCAUGUGAUCUCAUGUGAGGAAAAAAAUGGCUGAGCCCAGAGUGUCACAUUCUCAGCUAUGAUAGAAAGUAUCUUUAUUGAAAAUCAGUGUUGGCACCAAAUUAAUACCAAUGUAAGUUUACAAUGAUUUAAGUUACAGAUUUGUAAUGUAGUGAUAUCAGGA